CAUAUUUCUGUUGGAAAAUUCCUCUUAAUUUAACUACAGUGAUCCCUCGUUUUUCGCAGUUAAUGGGGACCAGAAUCCGCCGCGAUAAGUGAAAAACCGCGAAAUAGCGCACCCCUACCCCCAUGUUUUGUGUGUGUGUUCAAUGUAUUUAUUCAGAUUUAGCAUUUGAAAAAGAUACAUAUGACAUGUUUAUUAGACAUAUUUAUAUAGAGUGGUACUUCUACCUCGAAGUUGAUUUGUUCCAGGACAUUGUAAGUCGAAAUGGUCGUAUUUCGAGCAGGAUUUUACCAUUAGAAUAUAUUAUAAUUCCAUUAAUUCAUUCCACAGCCCAAAAACCUACACUAAAUCCUUAAGAAAUACUGUUGGUACUAUUACAAAUGGCAAUUACACAUACAAAUGGCAAUUACAUAUAGGAAAACAAAUAAAUUAUCAAUAAAAAAAUCGGAAUAAUAAAGUAAUAAUAAUAAUAAUAAAUCUUUUAAUAAUGUAACGAAUCGGGUUCUAAUGUGGCGGACGUGUUUUGUGUGCUGUACCUGAACGCACCGCGUCGCUGAAGUGACGAAGAGAGGGAGUGAUGCGGUUAAGAGUUUACUUCCACUUUUAAUGUUUUGUUGAGAACACCGUCAACUGCAGCGGAUAGUAGGCGUGUUGUGUUCGACAAGUUCUGAAAUAAAUGUUAAAAACCUGACGAAGCUGGCAAUUUCUUUGGCGCUGUUACCAAAAUAAUAAUUGUCACCCUAACUUAUAAAGACUGGCAAACAGAGGUUGGAGGAGGACCGUGGAGUUUUUUUGUUUAUUUAAGGUGGAAAAGCGCAAUAUAAGUAUAACACCAUUUACCAUUGAUAGUAAAUUCGGGAUGUACUGAGGGCGCGAAGUUUGAAGCCCGAAGUAGCGAGGGAUCACUGUAAUUGCCAGCCACUGAUAAUGACAGACGUCCCAAUUCAUUUAAACUUGCUAAACCCUGCUAAGAAAUCAAACAGUUGCUGGUUUCUGUACCAGCAAGACCAGUAUCAAAACAUACAAUGCUCAUCUUUCAGUGUCACUGACGAGGCUAAAAGUCCAAACCCCUUUGACUGGUAAUGGCUAGCAACGAAUGAUUAUUGCGAUCCCAGCCCUCAUAGUAUAAAUGUAAUGGACGUCCAGAGCCGUCGAUGGCAGCCAGUGAGAUAAUCUAACCUGAAUGUUUUCGGAAUGUGUGAGGAAACCUGGAGAAAACGUUGCACACAGGAAGGCCAGAACUGGGUUCAAAACCCAAACUUCAGUGGGGUAUAUUGUGUUUGUGACAUACCAGGUGUAUUAUGACUACCCACCUCCAACUUACUUGGAAUAUCCAAUUCUCAUUGCUCAAGACGUUGUUCUUCUGCUCUUGAUUCUUCUCUACGAUGGCCGACUGCAGAACAGCCUUGUGUACAGUGUUGUCUUUGUCGUGGGUUGGCGGCUCUUGACAGUGGAAAAAUGGAUCAUCGAUUUUGCAAUGAGCCUUUGCACGUUCAUUAGCGCUGCCAGUAAGUUUGCCCAACUGCAAUGUCUUUGGAAGUCCAAAGAUGCUGGACAGGUGAGCGCCCUCACAUGGGGGCUGGCAACCUACACAUGUGCAACACGCAUUUACACCACCAUGGCGACAACUGGAGACAUGCAAGUUCUAGUGCGGUUCAUUGUCAUGACCUUCCUAAACCUGUGGGUGCUUCUCAGCGUGCUCUAUUACAGAAGACAAGGGCGCAGCUCCAUCAAAGAAGAUUAAGCACUUUUAAGAGUAAUGUUACAGGUGUAAGAUUAAGUGUGGCAAGUAUUCUUGCAAACUGUGCCCCCCUUUUUUUAAAUGUUUAUCUAAGACAUUCCAAUGUCCAGAAAAAAAGGAAUUAAGUGUGGCAAGUAUUCUUUUAUACCUGAAAAAUGUGCCCCCCGCCCUUUUUUUAAUGCUAUUGUUUAUCUAAGAACAUUCCAAUGUCCAGGGAAAAAAAGGAAACAUACAUGCUUUAUUACCCUGUAAAUAGUUGUGUAUUCCGACUGACGUGACACCUAUCAAACGAUAUAUGACUGAUUUUUAUAUAGUUUUAAAUUCUUUUGAGAAAAAUAUUUAAAUAAACCUUACCUUUUACCAACAUUCCAUGAGAUACUUCUUGUGUAGCCUCUGCAACAUUAAAUACACAUGUACUCAUUUGCAGUACCAGUACGAAAUCGCCCUCUUGCUUACUGGGUAGAUAAGAGAUACUGCAUUUAGAGAUAAAAUGCUCAUUUUUACUAACCACAGAGGCGAACUUUUCAACAACGUUGUUUCUACCAAUGUCUUACUGUUCAAAAAUCUCUAUGACACAUUUAAAACUGCAGCACCUUAAGUUGCAUCAUAAAUGUGAACAUUUUAAAGCUGCCCUGCUACAGCGGUAUGAAAAAGUAUCUGAACCAUUUGUAAUUUGUCACAUUUCUGCAUAAAAUAACAAAGAUCUGUUCUUUGUCAAAAUUACACAGAUGAAAAUACAGUGUCUGCUUUAACUAAAACCAGCCAUUAAUGUGUUUUCAUAUUUUAAUGAAGAUAGUAUGCAAACAAUGACAGAAAGGGGAAAAAUAAGGAAGUGAAUCCUCUGCCUAAGCAGACUUGAAGAGCAAUUGAAACCAAUUUUUACCAAACAUUUUGAGUGAGGUGUGUGCCCAAUCACUGAUGAGUGGUUUAAAGCAGCCCUGCCCACUAUAAAACACACACCGAGUAAGAAUUGUCUCGAUGAAAAGUAUUGUCUGAUGUACAUCAUGGCUCGGUCAAAAGAGCUGUCUGAAGACCUGCUAUCAAGGAUUUUUUUUAUUUGUAUAAAGCUGGGAAAGGAUACAAAACCAUCUCUAAAAGUCUGGAUCUUCAUCAAUCGACAGUCAGAGAAGCUGUCUACAAAUGGAGAGUUUGCCACCGAUGCUUCUCUCCAGAGGAGUUGCUGUCCACCAAAGAUGACGCCAAGGGUUUAGCGCAGAAUACUCAGAGAGGUUAAAAAAAAAAAACCUAGAGUGUCUGCUAAAGACUUACAGAAAUCACUGGCACAGUCCAAUAUCUCUGUGCACACGUCAACUAUAUGUAAAACUAUGGCCAUGAACGGUGUUCAUGGGAGGACUCCACAGAGGAAGCCACUGCUGUCUAAAAAAAACAUUGUUGCUUGUUUUUCACAAAAAAGCACUUGGACACUCCACAAGUUUUGGCAACAUAUUUUGUGGACUGAAUUGUUUGGGAGUAACACACAACGUCAUGUGUGGAGGAAAAAUGGAACAGCUCACCAACAUCAACACCUAAUCCUCACCUUGAAGCAUGGUGGAGGGAGCAUAAUGGUUUGGGGCUGUUCUUCUACCUCAGGGCCUGGACACCUUGCAAUCAUUAACGGAAGAAUUAAUUUAAAAGUUAAUCAGGAUGUUUUGCAGGAAAACCUUAGGCAGUCUGUCAGACAGUUAAAGCUAAAAAGAGGAUGGAUGCUGCAACAAUAAAAUGAUCCAAAACACAGAAGUAAAUCAACUUCAGAAUGGUUUCAGAAGAACAAAAUACAUGUUCUGGAGUGGCAAAGUCAAAGUCCAGACUUGAACUCCAUUGAGAUGCUGUGGCAUGACCUAAAGACAGCGAUUCAUGCCAGGCAUCCCAGGAAUCUGACUGAACUACAGCAAUUUUGUAGAGAAGAAUGGGCCAAGAUUAGUCCUGAUCGAUGUGCCAGACUGAUUUGCAGUUACAGGCUGUGUCUGGUUGAACUUAUUGGUGCCAAGGGGGUUGGGUGGGGGGG